GCAUUUUCAGGAGCACUUUGACAGUAUAUGCAAAGAAAAUGCUGAUGCUGGUGAAUAUCUUAGGAAAGAAGAUCCAAGUACUUGGUCUAGGGCCUAUUUUGAUCCCCUUAGCUGUUGUGAGCAUAUGAAUAACAAUUUCUCUGAAUCUUUUAAUUCCAUGGCUUCUAAUAUGAGAGAUAAACCUAUAAUCCAACUAGGCAUGAUGUAUGGUCAGUUAGUCAUGGGUUUGUUAUUUAAGAGAAGGGAAGAAUCUGCUAAGUGGAAUGAAAAUGGUUUGGUCCCUGCUGCUGUUAAAUUGAUAAAUAAGAUGCUUGACUUGGUUGGAAAGUUUGAUACAGAAGGCAGUGUGGUUGGACAAGUUUAUUUGGUAACUAAUGUGAUCACCAAGAAAAUAUUCACAGUGAAUAUUAUAGACAAACAAUGCACUUGUUUGCAAUGGCAGCUAAGGGGAUUCCCUUGUCAACAUGUUGUAUGUGCAUUGAAACUGCUGAGGCCAAACUGGAAAGAUUAUUGUGCUCCUUACUAUUCUGUGGAGUAUUAUAGGACCACAUAUGCAAAUGCUGUCACACCCUUAGAAGACAUAACUGAAUGGUUAUGGGAAGAUAAG